AUGGAUCACGGCUGCAAGUACGAUAUCAAGAUUCAAGUCAAGGUCAUCAUUGUGAUGACCUUCUUGCACAACUUCAUCCGUAUGACCAACCCAACCAAUGCAACGGCCAUUGGUUCAGGCCAAGAAUACUCGGACAACCAACAACCUGAAACAGUUGAUUACGGCGAGUUGCACACUUCUGGAGUGACAAAAGCCAAGACUGCGCGCGCCAGCCAAAAGCGUGACAUGAUUGCCAAACAGAUGUGGUCAGAUUACAAAAAGGUCCUCCGACAUUGGCAACGUCACGGGCAAGGCCCUUUGAUUGAAUGA